AUGUGCCAGGGCAGCAGUGGCACAGGGGUAUUAAAGCGGCAGAUGUAUGGCACACAUUCACAUCUUGCCCGCGAGUGGAGCGACAAAAGGCCGCAGAGGUGGGGACGGUCCUGGCGCACGGUGACUGAACUGGAAAAACCUCCUCCUACUACGCCUCAGUGGUCAGCGGAAACCGGAGAUACAGUGCUGUGCCUGCGAGUUGGAGAAGAUUGGGACAGAAGUGGGGGCGGCUGGUCACCUGCGGGAGAGGACCAGCGGCCGUGGCUGCAGGUGGACCUGCGGGAGCGGGUGGAGGUCAGCGCGGUGGCCACGCAGGGCCGCUGGGGCAGUCAGGACUGGGUGGGCCAGUACCAGCUGCUGUACAGUGACUCUGGACGGGCCUGGAGGCAGUACCGCCACAGCGACGUGCUGUGGACUUUUCCAGGAAACACAGACAUGGACUCUGUGGUCCACCACAAGCUGCCCCACUCUAUACGAACCCGUUUCCUGAGGCUGGUGCCCCUUAAGGGAAACCCCAGAGGAGGCGUUGGCCUGAGAGUGGAAGUCUACGGCUGCACUUAUAAGUCGGAUGUGGCAGACUUCGAUGGCCGCAGCGCGUUGCUCUACCGGUUCAACCAGAAGUCGAUGAGCACGGUCAAGGACGUCAUCUCGCUGCGGUUCAAGAGCCAGCAGGCCGACGGGGUGUUGGUCCACGGAGAGGGUCAGAAAGGGGACUACAUCACCCUGGAGCUCCAGCAGGCCAAGCUCAUUCUGCAGCUAAACCUGGAUGAGUCUAAGCCCCGUAGAGGCAGCAUUCGUUCGGCCGUGACCCUGGGCAGCCUGUUGGAUGACCACCACUGGCACUCGGUCCUGAUCGAGCGCUUCAGCCGCUGGGUGAACUUCACUGUAGACCACCACACCGAGCACUUCCAGACCCAGGGCGAAGAGGACUCCCUGGAGGUGAACUACGAGCUCAGCUUUGGGGGAAUCCCUUUACCUGGCAAGCCAGGAACUUUCCUGAAGGAGAACUUCCAUGGCUGUAUGGAGAACCUGUACUACAACGGAGUGAAUAUAAUUGACUUGGCGAAGAGACGCAAGCCACAGAUCUACAGCACGGGGAACGUGACGUUCCAUUGUUCCGACGCUCAGCCGCUGUCGGUGACGUUCCGCAGCCUCGACAGCUUCCUGACAGUGCCCGCCGACCUUGGGACGGAGAGCUUCUCGGCGCGCCUCCAGAUCCGCACGUGGAGCCGCGAGGGACUCAUCGUCGCCGCCCCUCUGGCCUGGGAGCCUCCGCAGCAGCAGCAGCAGCAGCAGCAGCCGCACCUGCGCCUCGUCUUGCAGCUCCAGGGGGGGCGAGUGCUCCUCUCCCUCGACAGCCACUCUGACCCCCCCACACAACUCUACUCAGAGCAGACCGUGAGUGACGGCCAGUGGCACUCCGUGAGAGUGGAGAUGAAGGGCCGGCAGGUGUUUCUGACGGUGGACAACCAGGGAUCUGUCAUCAUGGAGGCCAAGCAUCAGGUCACCAGUGGGAAAAGGCCAGCCCUUGUGUUGUUUGGAGGAUGUGCCACGUCCUUACCCAACCUUGUGUGUGAGAGCGGCGCUUUGGGAUUCCAGGGCUGCAUGCGCCUCAUGUUCGUAAACAAUUACCCCGUCAACCUGCUCCAGGUGCAGCAAAGGAUUCUGGGAAACUACAGCCAGCUAGAUUUUGAUGUGUGUGGGAUUCGAGACAGGUGCACGCCUAACUACUGUGAGCAUGGAGGCCAGUGCUCCCAAAGCUGGAACCAGUUCUACUGCAACUGCUCGGGGACAAGUUACACAGGAGCUACCUGCCACAGCCCCCUGUACGAGCGAUCGUGCGAAGCGUACCGUGACAAAGCCGACCCGUCGGGCAGGUACACCCUCGACCUGGACGGCAGUGGACCUCUGGAGAGCACAGCGGUGACUUGUAGCCAAACAGAGGACAAGGUUUGGACUGUGGUCAACCAUGACCAAAUGGGGCCCAUCCGUGUGCGUGGCUCCACGCUGGAGAACCCUUUCACCAGGCCCUUGAACUACAGCCUCCCCCCGAGCUACCUCCAGAGCCUGGUCACCACCUCCCUGCACUGCCAACAGGAAAUCAUCUACCAAUGCAGGAAGUCCCGCCUAUUCAAUACCUGGGACGGCACACCCCUGUCGUGGUGGCUGGACCGGGAUGGGGUGAAAAGGACGUAUUGGGGGGGCUUCCUUCCUGGGGUGCAGCAGUGCUCCUGCAGCCUGGAGGGGAACUGCAUGGACAUGAACUACUUCUGCAACUGCGAUGCCGACCGUGACGCAUGGGUAAAUGAUACUGGUCUGCUGUCUUAUAAAGACCAUUUGCCUCUAAGGGAAAUUGCCAUUGGCGACACGAACAGGACCAGCUCUGAGGUUGUGUUCAAAAUUGGACCACUGCGUUGUUACGGCAACAGAUUCCUGUGGAACUCUGCAUCCUUCUACCAGGAGACUUCCUACCUCCACUUUCCUCCUCUCCAAGCAGAGCUGACCCUUGACCUUUCCCUCUACUUCAAGACCAGCACCCUCUCGGGCGUCUUCCUGGAGAACCUUGGGGUCCAGUCUUUCAUCAGGCUGGAGUUAAGCUCUCCGUCCUCUGUGACCUUCACCUUUGACCUUGGCAACGGCCCUGUCCAGCUCACGGUCAGCUCCCCCGUUGCCCUGAACGACCGGCAGUGGCAUCAGGUGCACGUGGAGCGCAACCUGAAGGGGGCGCUGCUGCAGGUGGACCAGCUACCCCCGCGUCGCGUCGCCGCACCACCCGAGGGAAACCUGUUCCUGCAGCUCAGUGGACAGCUGUUUGUAGGUGGGACUGCCUCUCGACAGGGGGGCUUCCAGGGUUGCCUGCGCGCUUUGACCGUGAACGGCGUGACCCUUGACCUUGAGGAGCGGGCCAAGACGACUCCGGGCGUGUCUCCUGCCUGCCCUGGCCACUGCAACGGUGACAGCGUCUGUCAUCACGGCGGAAAGUGUGUAGAGGAGAGGAAUGGCUACGUGUGUGACUGCUCACAGACAGCCUAUGGGGGCCCUCACUGCAGUACAGUGAUGGCAACGACGUUUGAUGGAGGCUCCUCGCUCACCUACUCCUUCCAGGAGACGCUGUCAGGGAUCCGGGACAGGGACUCCAAGAUAACAACCCCCGCCAGGGAGGGCGCCGGCGCCGGGGUCAGGGGUCAGCCGCUGGACAGCGUGACGCUGGGCUUCCAGACGAGACGCGCGCCCGCUCUGCUCCUGGUGGCCCAGGGGCUCGGACGCCGCCACGUGGCCAUCAUCUUGACCAGAACCGGAAGUAUGCAGAUCAAGUAUCGUCUAGACGAGGAUAAGGAGCCAGACUCACUGAGCCCCAGGUCCCCAAGUUUAUCUAACGGCCAGCUACACUGGCUCCGACUGAGUCGUGAAGGAAAAGAUGUGUUUGUUCAAAUAGAUGAUGGCCUGACACAAAUCUUCACCCUGGCAUCUGCAUCUGCCCUGAGACCUUUGAAGAGUGUGACACUCGGCAAACUCUCUGGAAGUGACAUCAUGGAUGAAGAGGUGGUCGAAGCAGGACUAAGUGGUUUCGUUGGCUGUCUGUCCUCGGUCCAGUUCAAUCAGGUCGCCCCUCUGAAGGAGGCUCUGGGUCAAAGAAGCUCGUUGGUCAGCACCAGCGGCCGUCUGUCGGAGUCCAGCUGCAGCUCCCCGUCCAAUCCGAACACUCUGGCCACAACACACUCACUGGCAGACCACUUGGAGAAAGGAGGCCGGGGCAAAGAGCCCUUAAAGGAAAUGGAGCACAAUGGGUCAGCAGUUAUCGGAGGUGUGGUGGCUGCGGUGGUGUUCACCACCCUCUGCGCCAUGGGGGUGAUCAUCCGCUUCCUGUACCAGCACCGGAGGCCUCCGCCCGCACCCGUCAUGGCCGAGAAGAAGGAGCACCGCGACAGCCUGGAUCCCCACCCUCCACACCCCCCACAUCCGUACCGGACUGAGCUGGACCCCCACAAGUCCACCAGGGACCAUAAGGAGUAUUUCAUCUGAGUGCAUUGGGGGUUCUGCUAUCACUGCAAAUCUCAUGGUCCUGAAUGAGGCAAGAAAACAAAAACUGUUUGCCACCCAUAGAAAAUGCCACCCAAAAGCCUUCAAAACUCUCCCUAUUUUCUGCUGUCGUUAUUUUUGGGCUAGCCCAGCAAAGGGGCGUGGCACUACCUGAGAGGGAGGAGGUCCCCUCACCAUGGAGAUUAUGGAUACUUUCCAGUGGUAUUGUGGGAAGUGGAGUCCUUUUUUUGCAUCUGUUACUAUCUAACUUAAUCAUGAGUAAAUCAUACAACAUGCCAGUACAGAUAUGCAGGUUUUUCAUCCACCAAGUUGCAUCUUCAGAGUCAAACAGUGUUUGGUGUCCGAGCAUGGACAUAAUACUAUUCUAUCUUUCAGUCGCUUGUCGUGGUUUUUGUACUUUGGAGCAAAGCUUGUAAAGAAUGUCAAAGACUUGCAUACUGGAAAACCGAAGAGCUAUGAGGGUCCUUAAAAAUGUUUUGAACGACGAUGAAAUACUCAACCGAACUCAUCAACCAAACCAACUUGAAACAACCUUUGGGAUUCAAGUACUCUACAGGGAGAGAGAGAGAGCAUAUACAAAUACUAGAGUGUGACUUUGAGUGCGAUGAUCACAUCAUGAACAAGCGUUCAUAAAAUGACGCAUCCCCUCAAUGUCUCAUAAUCAGAUGUCCUCUGUUUGGUGGUACAGUAGGUGACAAUCAUGUUUAUCAUGUCAACAUGCAGUGGGGGUGUAGUCAUAUUCAGAACGUUGUUGUUACUUUUCUGGAUUGCUGGCCUGGCAUAGUAGAAAAAGCAGAGGUCCCUGUACAGCGGCUCUUUGCGUUAGCCCUGCACCAUUGCCAUGUGACCUUUGACCUUUGACCUUCUCCUUCAGGUGCAUGGUUAACCUUACACACCAGUCUAAGCAAACCUGUGCCUGGGCCUGGUGUCCUCUUCUUCAAGUGCAUUAAGAGUCUGAGAAAACGGCUCUAUAACAAAACAACCCACCUCCUUAUUUUAGUCGUGUUCAUAUGGACAUUAUUAUUAUUUAUUUAUUUAUUUAUUUAUUUAUUUAUUCAUUUCGCGUUUCUUUGUGUGUGUACGUACGGUUUUGAUUAGGGUUGUUUUUAUG